AUGGCAGAGAAUCCCAAUGUUUUCGAGCCUUGGAAUGACUCCGAGGAGGAACCCGGGUUGAAUCAGCAGUCCAAGUCUACGUAUACGCCUACGUAUACACCUGCGUAUACACCUGCGUCCAAUCCCAAUCCUGAUACCAAAACAACUGUACCCUGUGGAGAGAAAUUAUCGAAGAUUCGGAGCAGACAUAAAAAUCGUAUUAAUCGAGCCAUCGAAGUUCAUUUCAAGCAUACGCCACUCAGUGUACUGAAGUUUAGCAGGGAAAAGGCUCCAUAUGAUCGUACCAGGACUUUAUCCUUAGAAUACGAAGCUGUUCAUGCCGAUGAUACAACUCCUUAUCUUAGUGUUUGUCCUGCUUCUCUUUAUGAUAGUAGAGUUGGUGCAUUUGGAAAUAUUUUUGACCUUACAAAUGGAAUCGCCUGCAUUGAAGGACCCUCUGAGAGCCCUGCAGAUGAAGAUUUCCGCCUGCCCAGCAAUACAGCUGAAUGGCUUACGGAGAAUUCUUUACAGAAUGUUCUUUUGACGAUAUUCUCACUGCUUAGCGAACCCGAGCUGGAUGAGGAUUUUAUACCUGAAAUUGCGAAGGAAUAUAUCGAUGAUUACAAUGGGUCUUCGAAAAGGCAAAAACUUUCCACAAUCGAACAUGCGUCGAAGAUGAGAUUAGAUGUGAGGAAAUUAGUGACAGAUUGGAUACAAGACUACGUGACCUUUGAUUACGCAGUUGCUGCAUGUCAUAAGGCUCUCUUGCUAUGGCGUCAUAACACAUGGGAAGGAUUACCAAAAGAUGGUAGCCACGAGGAAGUCAGUUUACAAUGCAUUAUACCAGACUCUGCUAUAGCCACCAUAUCUCAGAACCUGAGGAGAUUGUGUACUAGCGAAAUCGGACUUGACGAACUGGACUUGAAGGAAUGGGGUAGACUCAUCGCUUGGAAUACACUGGUUGUAGUGUGGCUCAAGCUUCAAGAUGAAAAGAGAGGUAUUGAAAACGACGAUUAUAUCCUUCCUGGUGCAGCUUCAAAUGAUAUUGUCGAAGCAUGCCAGCUUAUGCUUAGGCGGUGGCGUGAUAAAGUAUGGGAAGCGUACCCAGAGGAUACUUUCAAGGACCGUGAAUCUGUCAUGCCAGAUUCUGCUAUCGUCACCAUAUCUAACAACCUGGAAAAAAUAGGCUCUGGUCAUAUCAAAAUUGAGCAUCUGGACUUGUGGCAAUGGAAUUACAGCACGGAAUUUCUAGCUGAUGACAAUGAAUUUUGUCUUCGGAAAUUCCUGCAAAAGUUGUGGGACGGCCACGUCAAGGCAAGAGACGAAACUACAAAUACAGCUGCUCCAGAGGACGGUCAUAACUCAAGGUCUGAAGGACCGAAGUCUCCCCGGAGACUUCAGCUUGGUCUCGAGUCCGAACAGAAACCAUCGUCUAUCAGAUGGGUUGGUGUCCGUUCUGGUAAUAUUAAAAGCUCAAGGUCCAAGCAGGAAGCACGAGUUACAAAAAGUGAAGCGAGUACCAGGGUUAAGAAGCCAAAGUUCAAGCGGAAUCUUAAAAUCACAAGAGAGGCUCCUAAUGCCGAAGCUAGCAGCUCAAAUUCUGUUCGGGGAGCAGAAAUUGCAGAAGAUGGACUCGACUCAGAGACUAGAAGCCCAAACUCUAAUACGGGACCACAAAUUACAAAUCCCGAUCUUGAUCCCAUCAUACGAGAUUUGAAGUCUAAAGUUGAAGAGCUAAACCUAAACUUAUCAAUUUUGAUAGAUGAUCUCAGUUCCAUUUCUGAAGAGGCCAACAAGCGUCUCAAGGAAAGCAGUAAAGGGAAGGGCUCACAAACUACAAAAAGCGAUCUUGAUCCCGACAUGCAAGAUUUGAAGUCUGAAAUUGAAAUGACAAACUUCACCUUACCAAUUUCGGUAGAUGUUAUCCGUUCCACCGCUGAAGAGCUAAACAUACCAAUGUCGGAAGAUGAACUCAUUUCCUUCGCUGAAGAGUUCAACAGUUGGUUCGAGUAA